GGUUGCCACGGUCGGCGAGCUUCAGCGCAUCUCGACAGACUUGGAUGCACCUGCGAUACUGCUCGUGCACGAACAAGGCUUUGAUGUAUCGCAAUGCCAUGCGGUAUGCUGGGGAGGAAGCAGUUGGUGCAGAAUCCAUCAUCGCGACCGUCGAUUGGCGGCGAUGUGUCGGCUUGGCGGCAGCAUGCAGAGGAAAGCGAGCGUGUGGAGUGGGAAGAGCAGAAGAAGCUGGCGACGGCUUGUCGGGGUCGGUGUCGGUGUCGGUGGUGCUGGAGGUGAAGUGAGUGGAAGAAAGCUGGCGAGAGCGUGUGGAAUGGGAUGGGAUGGGAUGGGCGCGCGCCAGGACGGCAAGCCAUCAUCUCAGAUGCUUCCGCAUGUGAUGAGUGUGGAAGGUGGGUGGGAGCGUCAACAACCUGGAACUCUUUUGGUCGAUGUCGAAACAGCGCAGCGCCCCUACGGUACCUUGCCGGCAGUGACAUGGCGACCGCACAUCGAUUCAGAUCUGCUUGUCAUCUCGUACGCACGCCCGCCCGCCCGCCCGCCCCCGAUUGCUCUGUGUUCCAUACCAACGCGUCCUCAACUGCUCCUUUCACAAACGCCGUCGAAUCUCUGCUGCGUUUCAUCUUUCGAGUCACGGGCCAUCACUCUCAAAGCAUUUGAUGACGCAGCGAGGGAGAGAUACAUCAUCGAAGAGCGGCAGCAAGAAGAAGAAGAAGAAGAUGAGGAGAUGCCUCGUCAUCUUAGAAUAACCUUCCUGCGCCUGAAUACGUUAUUGCUCCCAUCCGAAAUCAAUGCCGAUACGUACACCUCAAUAUCAUUGCCAGCUUCGACAUCCACCAUGACGGAAAAGCACCCUUGGGCAGUCGCUAAGGAACACAUCUUAUUCUAUCACAUGCGCGACGCUAGACUCUGCUUCCUCGGCAGGGCUGGAUUACUUCAUGUGCUUCCAGAAUGUUUCAUGCUCUGA